AUGGGAUGCGUUUUAUCGCAAGUCGACAUAGCCGGUCAAGGUUUACGCAUCAAAAUUGUCAAAGAAAUCGCCAAAGGUGGAUUUGGUGAAGUGUUGUUGGGUGAAGAUGUUGAUGGUGGCGAUAAAUAUGCUAUCAAGAAAAUAUUGGCGAAUUCUGAUGAGGAUGAGAUGCGGAUUGAGAAUGAGGUGGGUUUUCAGGGGUUUUUGCGGUUUAAAAUUCAAGUUUACCAAGUUUACAGUCGUGGCAACCUUUCAAAAACCCCCAGAAACCAGUAAAAAUCACGCGAAAACGAAAAAAAGCGAAAAAAUAAAAGUAAAACAACGACACUCCGCUUGCGCGUUGUUUAAUUUUCACGGGCUGUUUGGACGAGCGGAGUGUCGUUGUUUUUUUUUUUUGCAAAAUCCACGCACGUAUUUUUUUGGCCCUCGGUUCGCGGUUGGUAUACUGUAUUGACUUGUGCAAACACGGUGACGCACAAAUGCACAAAAAUGUCUCGCGUCUCUCCAUUUUGCGCGCUAUUUUUCGAAAUUGGUCUCGCCACGAACCCCGAAACGCUAAAACGGCACUCGUCCGCUCCACCAAAGCUUAUUCCCAUGCAGUUUUUCACGGCGAUAAAGAUGGUGUACUUAGAUUUUCAUUUGAUGCAGCCGUUCUUGAGAUUUUGGUGGAAAAUUAACGCAUGUCCCUUUAAACGGCGAAACGAGAUUUUUGUUCAGCAACAAAAUACGUGCAAUUAAAAUUUUCCAGGCAAAACUUCAUCGACUGUUCGAAAACUCAGAAACUAUCGUCCAAUUAAUAGCUCACAUUCAAAACCCGCCAAAAAUCGAAAAUUACUUGAUUUUCCCAUUUUUCCCGCAUGGAACUAUACACGAUGAACUAGAAAAGCGAAAAGAGAAAGGAUUGUAUUUGGAAGAGGAGCAAAUAUUGAGAUAUUUUGAAAGUGCGUGUAGAGCAACUCAGGAGAUUCAUUCGAAAGAAUAUGCGCAUCGAGAUUUGAAAACGGCGAAUUUUUUGAUUUCCAUGGAUCGGAGGACGCUGGUUUUGACGGAUUUUGGAUCGGCGGCAAGGUUUGGGGGAUUUUUCGUGGAAAAUAUUAUUUUCUUAUACUUUCAGAGUUCCAAUUUCAAUCGAAAAUUCGAAAGAUCAUAAUCGAUUAAUCGAUGAAAGUGCCGAACUUUGUAGUAUGCCAUAUCGAGCGCCAGAAUUAUUUUCAUGUGAUAUCGGAACACAAAUCACAAAUUCAAUUGAUAUUUGGAGUCUUGGCUGUUGUUUAUACGCAUUUCUCUAUUUCCAAUCGCCAUUUGAUUCGAUUUAUGAAAAAGGUGGAAGUAUUGCAUUAGCAACACAAAGUCCACAUAAAAUUGAAUAUUCUGGAAAAUUUAGCGAGAAAUUAAUUGGGCUAAUUAAAAGUAUGCUUGUUUCGCCACCCGAAGAUCGACCGAAAAUCGAGGAGAUUUUGGAGAAAACUAGGAAUUUGGGAAAGGAAUUGAUUAAUGCUGUGAAUGUGUGA